UUUGCGGUAACAUUGUUGUGGAACGACGUCACAGCUCGAAAAUGAAGGCGCAGAGGCAGCCAUUACUGGAUGUUCUCUAAUUAUUUUAUUCCUAAUAAAUACUCGCGGAAAACUUCCAUGGCAAGAGCCACAAGUCAAUUGUAUGAUGUUGUGCCCAUUCAGACCAGCGUUGUCAUCUGUCCCUGCCCACAUCCCUCAAUGGUAAGAAACCAGCCUGACACCUGCUCGCCACUUGCCAUCCCAGGUGCAAGUAGCAGCCUCUGUCCCAGCAUGGAGGCCCCGUCCGCGGAGGCCAGGGCCGCGGAGCUACGCACCCAGACGGCCAUGCAGGCCUCCCAGCCUCGCAAGAAGAGGCCGGAGGAUUUCAAGUUUGGCAAGAUCCUGGGAGAGGGCUCCUUCUCGACAGUUGUCCUGGCAAAGGAACAAUCAACGGGGAAGGAAUAUGCAAUUAAGAUUCUGGACAAGCGGCAUAUUGUGAAGUCCAAAAAAGCCCAGUAUGUGAAAAGAGAGCGAGAUCUGUUGUCAAAUCUAGAUCACCCAUUCUUCGUCAAACUCUACUUCACCUUUCAAGAUGACGAGAAGUUGUAUUUUGGUCUUAGCUUUGCUAAGAAUGGGGAACUUCUAAAAUACAUUCGUAAAAUCGGUUCUUUUGAUGAGACCUGUACUCGAUUCUACUCAGCAGAAAUUGUUUGUGCUCUAGAAUAUUUACACAAUAAGGAGAUAAUACAUAGAGAUCUGAAGCCAGAGAAUAUUCUACUGAGUGAAGAUAUGCACAUCCAAAUCACAGAUUUUGGGACUGCAAAGCAGUUGACUGACAGUAAGCAAUCUAAAGCGAACUCCUUUGUUGGGACGGCCCAGUACGUCUCCCCCGAGCUGCUGACAGAUAAGUCGGCCUGCAAGAGUUCAGACCUUUGGGCGCUGGGAUGUAUAAUAUAUCAGCUGGUCGCCGGGUUACCGCCCUUCAGAGCUGGAAACGAGUACCUAAUAUUCCAGAAGAUAACAAAGCUGGAGUACGAGUUCCCAGAGAAGUUCUUCCCCAAAGCCAAGGAUCUUGUUCAAAGGCUUUUGUCUCUGGACCCCUCCAUGCGGAUCGGCUGUGAGGAGAUGGGGGGCUACGACCCGUUGAGACGGCAUCCCUUCUUCGAGACCACGUCCUGGGAUGACCUCCACCUGCAGUCGCCUCCCAAGCUGACACCAUACCUGCCCGCCAUGUCGGAGGAUGACGAGGACUGCUACGGAAACUACGAUGACCUGCUGAGCCAGUUCAGCAGCAUGCAGGUGAGCCAGUCCAGCUCCUCCCACUCGCUGUCCGCCCCGGAGUCCCUGCCGCCCCAGAGGUCCAGCAGCAACAUCGAGCAGUACAUCCACGACCUGGACAACAACUCCUUUGAGCUCGACCUGCAGUUCUCUGAGGAGGAGAAGCAGCUGCUGCUGGACAAACAGACAACUGGAAACCCCUGGCACCAGUUUGUUGAGAAUAACCUGAUCCUCAAAAUGGGCCCAGUUGAUAAACGAAAGGGUCUGUUCGCCAGGCGGAGGCAGCUGCUGCUCACCGAGGGCCCACACCUGUAUUACGUGGACCCGGUCAACAAGGUCCUGAAGGGUACCAUCCCUUGGUCCCUGGAGCUGCGGCCCGAGGCCAAGAACUUCAAGACCUUCUUUGUUCACACGCCCAAUCGAACGUAUUAUCUAAUGGAUCCCAGUGGGAAUGCUGACAAAUGGUGUAAGAAGAUCCAGGAAGUCUGGAGAAAGAUCUAUCAAAGCCACCAAGGCCCUGGCCUAUAGGGUCGAGGCUCCUCUGUGGCCCCGCCUCCUCCCUCUUUGCUCCAAGGCCAAUCACUGAGCAGAGUAACAUCCUCUUUAGUGUCCUUCAUCACCGCUAUGUAAACACUCUUUUUAGAGACGCUGGCAUCUAGACCUUGUUAGUUUUUUUCUGAGCAGAACCACGGGAUAACACACGGUGGAUCCAGAGUGCCUGCUUGUUCUGUGAGGCUUGUGUUGCAUUGGUCCACGUGUGGAUGAUGAGACUGCUUCCCCUGCACAUCUGCUUCUCAUCCAACCUGCAAGGGAAAGCAAAAAGAAAAGUGGUCUUGUCUGUAGAACCACAGGCUGCGGUACCUCCGACUCCGUCAGGUGCAAGGGCUGGUUUCCUGCUGCUAUGACGACUAGAAUCAGUCCAGCUGUGUCCAACAGCGCGGAUACAGUGUGAUACUUCAACCAUGUUCUUAUCCUUCAUUGUACAUGUAAGGAGUAUUCAAAAAGCCCAUUUCUAGAGCAUAUAUACUACAUAGUCGCUGCAGAUGUAACCUGAUCCCGGGUCAGGGUUAGGACUCGGGCGGGCUCUCACCCUGACCCCCCGCCCCCCCCCCCCCCCCCGGCCACCCUGCU